AAGUUGGUUGCAUUUGUCAAUACUUGGGAACAGAAUAACAAGGGUCGUCGAAUGAAUUGGUCUGCCUGUUGGGAAGAAGGAAAGAAGAAGGGCCUGUUCACAGAGUACUCGAAUAGCCAUAGUUUGAAGAAUGUAUACCAUAAGGUAAAAAAUGAUUCUUAA